GUCAUUAGAUAUCCCAGUUUCUUUGCUUUAAAUGUCGUCCUUAAUUUUAGUGCGGUUUGUUUUGAAAUUUUAGUCAAAGAUGAAUACAUAAAUCUUCACUUCAGCAUGAAAUUCAAUUAAGUUUUUAUAUUCCAAAAUAUACCAUUAUAGCGAAGCAGAGUUGAACCAUAUUUGUCCUUGCGCCUUGAUGGGCAUGACAAACUCAACUACAUGAUUUUGUAAAUGUAUCGAAAUAGAAAAGUACGAAGAAGAAAGAAGGGUGGACGUCGAAUUGGACCUUCAGGUGUUCAUGAACGAAUCAAAAUUUGCUUUUGUACGGACCUAGAUAAAUCGGUUCUGGUGAAUAAUUUCGAGAAACGCGGUUGGGUACAAGUCGGGGCUGAUGAUGACUGGAAUUUCUAUUGGGCUGGUGUUCAGACAUGCCGGAAUAUAUUUAGCGUGGAUAGUGGAUAUAGGAUGCACGACAAUCAAAUCAUAAAUCACUUUCCAAAUCAUUAUGAGCUAUCUCGGAAGGAUUUGCUGGUGAAAAACAUCAAGCGCUAUAGAAAGGAUUUAGAACGUGAUGGUAGCCCACUAGCUGAAAAAACUGAAAGUAAUCAGCCCGGUGGAGCGCGUUAUCUCUAUCUGGACUUUAUUCCAGUUACGUUUGUUCUUCCGGCUGAUUACAACAUGUUUGUUGAGGAAUAUAGAAAACAUCCGCAAAGCACAUGGAUCAUGAAACCAUGCGGUAAAUCACAAGGUGCGGGAAUUUUUUUAAUCAAUAAGUUAUCAAAAUUGAAGAAGUGGUCCCGUGAGGCGAAAGGCGCAUUUCAUCCACAGAUCGGGAAGGAAAGUUAUGUGAUUUCGAGAUACAUAGAUAACCCACUUUUGAUUGGAGGCAAAAAAUUUGAUUUACGUCUGUACGUGCUGGUGACUUCGUUUCGUCCUUUGAAGGCAUAUCUUUUUAAAUUGGGAUUCUGUCGUUUCUGUACUGUGAAAUAUGAUACCAGUGUAACCGAGUUGGACAAUAUGUAUGUUCACUUGACCAACGUGAGCGUUCAGAAGCACGGGGGUGAAUAUAAUAAUCUGCAUGGGGGCAAGUGGUCUGUCCAAAACCUUCGUCUCUAUUUGGAAGGAACGAGAGGCAAAGAAGUCACAGAUCGUUUAUUUGGAUCGAUAUCCUGGCUCAUAGUGCAUUCACUGCGAGCGGUUGCUCCGGUAAUGGCCAGCGAUCGACAUUGUUUCGAGUGCUAUGGUUACGACAUUAUCAUUGAUAACAAUUUGAAACCGUGGCUGGUUGAGGUGAAUGCUUCACCGUCACUUACAUCGACAACUGUAAAUGAUAGGAUACUUAAAUAUAAGUUAAUUGAUAACAUAUUGUCAGUUGUUCUGCCUCCGGAUGGCGUUCCAGACGUGCGAUGGAAUAAAAUCCCAGGCCCAGAAGCAAUGGGAAAUUUCGAACUAUUGUUGGAUGAAGAACUAGCAUCACAGGAUGAGAGUCAAGCCAAUACAACCAACAAGAGCAAAAUGAAUAGUGGUAAUCGAUGGAAGUGAUGAUAGAAUCAUGUAUAAAAAUGUUAAAAAUUCAAGUUAA